AUGGUUGGUAGCUUUCACAAUAAAGCUAUUGAAGCCACUGGUAAUCUAAUGAAUCAAAAGACACAUAUUGAAACAAAUGUGGUCAAACAGUCAGAAGAAGCUCGUAUGGCUUAUCGCACUUGCUUGAAUGCAUCAAUUGAUUGCACUAAGUUUUUGUUGCGACAAGGUCUUUCAUUUCGUGAUCAUGAUGAAAGUGACACUUCAAACAACAGAGGUAACUAUUUGGAGCUUUUGCAAUUCCUUAAGGAUCAUGAUGAGAAAAUAAAGGUUGUUAUGUUAGAUAAAGCUUUGGGAAAUCUCAAGCUAAUAGCUCCUUCAAUUCAAAAAGAUCUUGUUCAUUCAUGUUCUAUUGAAACCAUUAAAACUAUCAUAAGUGAUAUGAAGAAUGCUAGGUUCUUUUCUCUAUUGGUUGAUGAAGCACAUGAUGUUUGUAUAAAGGAGCAAAUGGCGGUGGUUUUGUGUUAUGUGGACAAAAAUGAGAAAGUCAUUGAAAGGUUUGUAGGAGUUCAAUAUGUUCCCGACACCACUUCAAACACACUAAAGGAGUUUAUUGAUGCGUUCUUUAAUUUCAAUGAGUUGAGCUUCUCCAAUUUACGAGGACAAGGUUACGAUGGUGCUAGUAAUAUGAAAAGUGAGUUCAAUGGCCCCAAGACAAAGAUUUUGAAUGAACAACUUUGUGCAUUCUAUAUUCAUUGUUUUGCUCAUCAACUCCAAUUAACUCUUGUUGCCAUAGCAAAGGAUAAUGUUGAUGUUAACACAUUUUUCCUAUUGGCUAAUAAUGUGGUAAAUAAUAUUAGAGCUUCAUUGCUUGAAAUGAUUGUUGAUGAUAACACCAAUGAUAGUGUGGCUAAAGCAAAUAGGUUAUUGAGAGACAUACAAACUUUUGAGUUUGUGUUUCUCCUAUUUUUUAUGAAAUCUAUAUUGGGAAUCACAAAUGAUUUAUCACAAGCAUUACAAAAGAAUGACCAAGAGAUUGUGAAUGCAAUGGCUUUAGUCAACACAUGUAAAGAACAACUACUCUACAUAAGGAAUGAUGAGGGGUUUGAUCUUUUGGUUGACAAAGUAUCAUCAUUUUCUGUCGAACAUCAUAUUGAGGUUGCAACUACUUCAGUGGAGAGAGCAUUUUCUGCCAUGAAUAUCAUUAAGAGUCCACUCCGUAACAGAAUGGGGGGAUCAAUGGUUAAAUGA